AUGUGUGCACGAGCCAGUCUGUCUCUCCCUCUUCGCAUGAGUUUUCCCUCUUUCCGUGAGUGCUCACUGCUCCCUCUUCAUGUGGGUGCUCACUGCUCCAUCUUCUUUCUCUCUCUCUACACCACCUUUGGAGGCUCGCCUCUGCAGGUGCUCUCGCCCUCUGCACUCAUGCUUGCCAACCUCCUCACGCUGCUCUCGCAGCUACUCUUCGUCUUCCUCAGCGGUGCAGGUGGGUGCUCGUGUGUGCAUGAUGGUUCUGAGGCGUUGGGAGUCUUUGCUCGCCUCGGCCGGCCAGCAGAGACAGUUCGGUGCUCUCGCUUCGUCACCCUUGCCACUCAGGCCGUGACCGGCCAUGGCACUGCGAAGAGAAGUUUCACCGUUUCUAUUUCCUCUUGCACGGUUUGCCCUGGUAGGGCUGAACUCUCACGAGCUGGUGAACGUAAAACUUGCGCUCUCCGUGCGCCUCUUCCUCCCCUCCCCCUCCGGGGAGGUGCACUGCUGUCUCCACAACCUGCAGCUGGUGUGAUCCGAGGGAUCAUCUCGGUUGAUACCUCCCUUUCUCCUGCACUGCACGGCCUCUCGUGGAGCGGGCUAGUCAUGCGCCCACUGCCCUACAUGCGCUUUGGCUUCAUGCUGCGGCACAUAGUGGACGAAUCCAGUCCUCUGCAUGGCCUCUCCCUCAACGACAUGCUGGCAGCAGAUGCAUCCUUCUCCCUCACCAUCUCCGGCCUUGAACGCACCACCAUGCAGCCAGUCUUUGUGGUCAAGUCACCCCUUUCCUCUACUGUUCUCCGCACUGUUCUCCGCACUGCACCCCUUUCUGCUGCUGUUCUCUGCACCCGUUUCCUCUGCUGUUCUCUGCACCCGUUUCCUCUGCUGUUCUCUGCACCCGUUUCCUCUCCUGUUCUCUGCACCCGUUUCCUCUCCUGUUCUCUGCACCCGUUUCCUCUGCUGUUCUCUGCGCCCGUUUCCUCUGCUGUUCUCUGCGCCCGUUUCACCUGCUCUUCUCUGCACCCCUUUCCUCUGCUGUUCUCCGCACCCUCUACUGAGUACUACGCCUACGAUGGGGAGGUGCUAUGGGAAUAUGAGUUCCUCGACCUCCUGCACAUCUCAUCCGAUCUCGUCCCCACUCUAGAUCACUCUCGAUUGGACGCUGUGACACCUGUCAGUACGCACAGCUGA